AUGAAAAAUUAUAAUCUACCUGAAAUACAGUCGGUGCUAGCAUCUAUUGAUUCACAAUCUCAAGAUAAUAAACCGCAUUUUACCCUGUCAGCGCCUGUUAUUAAUACAGAAGAACCGGAUGAAGAGUCACGUGAUACAGAAAAAUCGUCUAUAGAUCAUCGCGAGAAGUCACGUGACUCUCAUUUUAAUAAGGAUGAGCAGGGAAAGAUCGUGAGCGAAGAUGAGAAAAUCAAAGAGCGAUGGAGGGAAUAUUUUGAUAGACUUUUAAACACGAAGAACAACAGGAAAGAACUGGACCAUCUUGAACCAGUCCAUGGGCCAGUACCAGAGAUUACGGAAGAUGAAGUGAGAAGACAACUCAAGAAGAUGAAUAACAAUAAAGCAAGAGGACCGGAUGAGCUCCCCAUCGAACUAGUGAAGAAAUUGGGAAACACAGGAACAGAGUGGAUGACAUCAUGCUGCAGAGAAAUAAUGAAGAGAGGAAUACCAGAAGAAUGGAGAACAAGCAGAAUAGUGCCCCUUUACAAACAGAAAGGUGAUCUCCUAAGCUGUGGAAACUAUCGAGGCAUUAAACUCCUCUGCCACUCACUGAAAUUAUUUGAGAGAGUGAUAGAGGCGAGACUGAGAGAAAUAGUGAAGAUAAAGGACAACCAAUGUGGAUUCCAACGCGGAAAAUCAACCACUGAGCCGAUGUUCUGUCUGCGGAUGCUGUAA